CGGGAGUUCCAUGGAGACUGGGGAGCGCGCCCGGCUCAUCUUCAUCCUUGUCCUCCAGCUUCUCCUUCGCAUCCGACGCAACCGGCAGCACCGCUGCCGCCGCGUCCUCUGCGACCGCCCCGUCUUCCCACGGAUGUGAUCUUUGUGGUGGGAAACAAAGUUUUUAAACUACCCCAAUGGAUGCAGACAGUGAUGUUGCAUUGGACAUUUUAAUUACAAAUGUAGUCUGUGUUUUUAGAACAAGAUGCCAUUUGAACUUAAGGAAAAUUGCCUUGGAGGGAGCAAAUGUAAUUUAUAAGCGUGACGUUGGGAAAGUAUUAAUGAAGUUGAGAAAACCUAGAAUUACAGCAACGAUUUGGUCCUCAGGAAAAAUUAUUUGCACUGGAGCAACAAGUGAAGAAGAAGCUAAGUUUGGUGCCAGGCGUUUAGCCCGCAGUCUGCAGAAACUAGGUUUCCAGGUAAUUUUUACAGAUUUUAAAGUUGUGAAUGUUUUGGCAGUUUGUAACAUGCCCUUUGAAAUCCGUUUGCCAGAAUUCACAAAGAACAAUAGACCUCAUGCCAGUUACGAACCUGAGCUUCAUCCUGCUGUGUGCUAUCGAAUAAAGUCUCUAAGGGCUACAUUGCAGAUAUUUUCAACAGGAAGUAUCACAGUAACAGGGCCCAACGUCAAGGCCGUGGCUACUGCUGUGGAACAGAUUUACCCAUUUGUGUUUGAAAGCAGGAAAGAAAUUUUAUAACUCAUCAUCACUUCAUUGGUUAGAAUCUCUAACUGAGCACCUUUUAAAUCCUGCUGCACAUUGGACUCAAAGGAAAACUGGACCAACAGUAACUGAGGAGGAAGACUCGCAGCCCAGGGCUCCAGCGAGCGCGCCAGUCCCUUCGGAUUGUACGUCCAACUUUGCUGUGAUCUAAGAAGGAAGUUUACAAGACAUGACUUUGCUGCUUUUACGAGAGGACUUUCUAUUUAUUUUCGCAGUAAUUCUCAUGUCCCACAAGCAGAGCCGUCACAAUGUGCACUACCUUAAAUUGUUUUAUUCUUGUUAUUUUUUUCCAGUUCGAGCUAAUGUGUUUUAUUUGUGAAUAGUCUUUUACAUUUUUGUAUGCUAAAUAUGGGCACCAAAGAAACUGUAAAAGUUAUCUUUUUCAAUUGAAUGUGCACAAAUAAAAGUUUGAAAAAGUU